AUGUCGACGAUGCCAUGCAUUGUGCAAUGGCAGCCUCCGCCGGGACCGAUUCCACCUGACCCUGGGUCCCUUGGCGAAUGCACUAUGUGCGGGGACAUAGUCAACCGAAAAACAGGUCCCAACCGCUGCAUGUGGCAUUUGCCGGGAAGCUCGCGCAAGAGACUCAGGUUGAACCAGUACUUGUGGUCUCUCAUUGCGUCGAUCCAGAAGCUGAGCGCCGAGAACGAUCAGCUGCAGAACGAGCGCGGCGAGCUUCGCCGUGACAAUCAUGAAGCUUGGACUCAAAACGAUGUCCUGCAAAAUGAGUGCAUCACUCUUCGACAUGGCUACAACGAACUUUGCGCUCAAACCGCUAUUUUGCGCAAGUCGUUCCAUGAUUUUCGCCGUGAGAACAGUGCUGGCUGGGCUGACACCGAGAAGCUUCGCAAUGCGCUGCGUGUGCAGGAGAUGAUUCAAGGGUGCCGAACGCGCCUGACCACAAAGACAGAGCGGGAGAGCGACAUUACGAGUGAUGAGUACGGCCAAGGAGAGGGAAACAGUCCGUCUUCGCCUGGUCGAAGCACUUGCGACACUUGCGACAGCAGUGGCGACGGGGACGGCUCUCCGAAGGAGUGCGGCUCCGAUGAUGAGAUGAAGGAUGAUGAGCAGCAGCCCAACACCAAGGAAGAUUUGCCUGGAGCGCUCCGGGCCAAGAUGGGCGAGGGGCAAGACAAGAAGCCAGAAAGCACAGCCUCAAUGGACCCGACUGGUGCACACGAGCUGGAUUUCGUCGCUGAGAAGGCGCAGGCAGCCAUCGAUCCGUUUCAUCCUUCCUUCGAGGCUUUGCCUGUUCUUCUGCAGCACCUCUCCGUCUCAGACCUGGUGGCCUGGCGCGUGACAUCUCGGCAGACCCGGAGUCCGGAGGUGCUGACUCGGCACGUGGCCGAGCUCGGCAGGUUCGACACGUCCGCCUCGAUGGUGGCCUUUCGUGAUGCUGUGCACCGCCUGGAGGGCCCUCCGCGCCUGUCCAAAUCCGAAGCCUUUGGCGACGAUGUCGGCUCCCUGAAGAUCUUUGAAUGCCAGGAAUGGUGUAUCGCGCUGGGGCAAGCCGACAGAACUCAUUUUGCCGAAAGUGUCGUCCGCGCAGUCGUGGUCAAAAACCUCGAUUUCGCAUUGGGAUACUGCCUUGACCAGGAUAUGUCUGUGCGUAAAGCAGCACACACCGUAGUCAGGAAUUAUAUCUGGGGCGGCCUUGACUUCGUGAAGGAGCCGGUCGCAGAAGCCAUGCUCAGUCAGAUGAGAGACAUGACGUCAGCGAGCCGGUCGCAGAUGCCUCCGACCUGGGCUUCUCUGAAGCUCUGCAUGCAACAUCUCGAAGAUCUCCUGAGAUCACUGACGAGGCCUCAACGUCAGGAGUGGGCGUCCUGCUUGGUCACAGCGCUACAGAGUUUUCAACCAACCUCAGUUCCAGAGGUAUCUCGGACCAAAUGCCAGACCUGGAUGCUUCAGCAGCUGAAGCUCCUUUGGCUUGCUGAUGACGAUCCCCUUCGAACCUAUGCAGACACAAAGCGGCAGCUGGAGGCCUUCAGGAAAUCUCCGAACUUCCAAGACGUGAGGCAUAACAUACACUGCCUCGUCGUGUGCUGA